GCUGCUGUCAGCUGAUAUGACAGCUGGGUUUGUUUUUAUUUAAAUAUAUUUCACUAAAUAAAUCUUUAUAUUGAUAUAAAUGAGAAAAAAUGUGAAUAUAAUUUAGAAAAUUAAAUAACAAAUCUAUUCAAAAUGCCUAAAGAACAAUAUCGAGAGACUUAUGUCGGAAAAAAAAUAUCCCAUGUAACAUUUAAUGUAGACAGUCCAUCUGAUAUUCAGCUAGCAGCUCACAUACAAGUGAUUACGAAAAACUUGUAUACACAAGAUGGCCAAAGAGUACCAGCUACAUAUGGAGUGCUGGAUAGAAGAAUGGGAACAAAUCAAAAAGAUGCAAAUUGUGAGACAUGUGGUCUGGGAUUAGCAGAUUGUGUUGGACACUAUGGUUACAUAGAGCUGGCUCUACCAGUAUUUCAUGUUGGAUAUUUCAGAUCUGUUAUUACUAUACUACAGACUAUAUGUAAGACCUGUGCUAAAGUAAUGCUGGCCGAGCCACUGAAAAAAUCAUACAGAAGAAAAUUCAUGAAUCCUGAAAUCUCCUAUCUGCAUAAGAAAAAUCUUAGAGCAGCGGUCUUAAAGAAAUCGAAGACAUGUAACAAAUGUCCACACUGUGAAGCCCUUAAUGGUGUUGUUAAAAAGAGUUCUGCCGGUAUUUUGAAGAUAGUUCAUGAGAAGUAUAGAGCUAAAAAGCCCACAGAUCCUUUGGUGAAGAAGGUUUUAAGCGAGUUCAAUGAAGCAAAAGAAGCAAAUAAGGAAAUAGCUGGGAUAAUAAAUAGCGGCUUGAUUAUUGAGAUGAAUCCCUUGGAGGUGCAAAAUUUAUUCCGACGUAUCCCCGAUGAAGAUGUACCUCUCCUUGGUAUGAGUGUCAAAAAAUCCCGACCUGAAGAUCUUAUUCUUACAAGGCUUCCAGUUCCGCCGCUCUGCAUCCGACCAAGUGUAGCUUCUGAUAUGAAGGCUGGCACUAACGAAGACGACCUAACAAUGAAACAGUCCGAGAUCCUCCUAAUCAAUGACGUCAUAGCUCGUCACGUGGCCAGCGGAGGCAAGUCCGAGAUGGUGCAAGAGGACUGGGAUUAUUUGCAGCUCCAUUGCGCAUUGUAUAUCAACAGCGAGAUGUCCGGGAUUCCUUUAUCGAUGCAGCCGAAAAAACCGGGUCGCGGACUAGUGCAGAGACUGAAAGGCAAGCAGGGAAGGUUCCGAGGAAAUCUAUCUGGAAAGCGAGUUGACUUUUCUAGCAGAACUGUUAUUUCGCCAGAUCCUAAUCUGCAGAUACAGGAGGUCGGAGUCCCGGUGCACGUAGCAAAAAUUCUUACAUAUCCAGAACGUGUAUUUCCGGCGAAUCUUCAGUGGCUCCGGAAACUCGUUUGUAACGGACCGGACGUACAUCCUGGCGCAAAUUACGUACAACAGCGUGGAUUCAGCCACAAAAAGUUCCUGAAAUACGGUAAUAGGGAGAAAAUUGCGCAGGAGUUGAAGUGCGGUGAUAUAGUGGAGCGCCAUCUCGUGGACGGAGACGUAGUCUUGUUCAAUCGCCAGCCUUCUCUUCAUAAGCUAUCCAUCAUGUGCCACCGAGCGAAGGUUCAACCUCAGAGGACAUUCAGGUUUAAUGAAUGUGUCUGCACACCGUACAACGCGGAUUUCGAUGGUGACGAGAUGAACAUGCAUUUGCCGCAAACGGAGGAGGCCAGGGCCGAAGCACUUAUUCUGAUGGGAAACAAAUCAAACUUAGUAACCCCAAGAAAUGGAGAGCUUCUCAUUGCAGCAACCCAAGAUUUUAUAACAGGAGGGUAUUUGAUCACCCAAAGGGAUACGUUCUUUACCAAAGCCGAAGCUCAGCAGUUAGCCAGCUGUCUUCUGGCAGGACCUGACUGUAAUAUGAGGAUAGAUAUGCCUCCACCAGCCAUUCUUAAGCCGAGGAAGCUUUGGACUGGUAAACAGAUAUUUAGUCUAAUAUUGAGACCAAACAAGAUAUGCGAGGUGAAAGCAAACUUAGAGACGAAAGGCAAGAACUAUACGGGGAACAAGGAUAUGUGUGUCCAAGACUCGUAUGUGAUAAUCCGCAAUUCUGAGUUACUGUGUGGAUCGAUGGACAAAAGCACUUUGGGUUCUGGUACUAAAACCAGUGUCUUCUAUAUCCUCUUGCGGGAUUGGGGAGAAGAGUACGCUGUUAGGGGCAUGUGGAGGUUAGCCCGAAUGGCGUCAUACUACAUGAUGAACCGCGGAUUCAGUUUCGGCAUCAUUGACGUGACUCCGGGCAAGAAGCUCGUGGAAGCGAAAAAUAAAUUACUUGAGUCUGGAUACUCAAAAUGCGACGGAUAUAUCCUGGAGAUGGAGAAAGGCACUCUGCAGUGUCAGCCAGGGUGCAGCAUGGAGGAGACCUUGGAAGCUGUCAUGCUGAGUGAGCUUAGCAGCAUUAGAGAGUUAGCGGCGAAGGCUUGCUUCAGAGAGUUACACCCGACGAACGCACCCCUCAUCAUGGCCCAAAGUGGAUCUAAAGGUUCGAACAUCAAUAUAUCUCAAAUGAUCGCGUGCGUAGGUCAACAAGCUUUGAAUGGCAAACGAGUGCCAAACGGCUUCGAAGAUAGGUCGUUGCCUCAUUUCGAAAGACAUUCAAAGAUACCAGCGGCCCGAGGCUUCGUUGAAAACAGCUUCUACACUGGCCUCACUCCUACCGAGUUCUUCUUCCACACGAUGGGAGGUAGAGAGGGACUGGUCGAUACUGCUGUCAAAACUGCUGAGACUGGAUAUCUGCAGAGGAGAUUGGUUAAGUCCCUAGAAGACCUGGUACUCCACUACGACAUGACAGUCCGUAAUGCGACCAGCGAAGUCGUACAGUUCCAGUACGGCAGUGAUGGACUGGAUCCCAGUUAUAUGGAGGGAAAAGACAGGCCGGUAGACCUGCCCAGGGUGCUGGCUGAUGUCCGCGCACAGUGUUUGGAUAGGGAUGAAGAGCCUCUAGACGGAGACGGCAUUUUGGUGGCUGCAGAGGAGACAUUGGCUUUAGACGAUUUUAAGAACUGCACUCCCGAUUUCAAGACUGAAUUGUUAACGUUCCUUAAAACGAUAGCGGACAAAGUACGCAUUUUACGUGCGAAGUACGCAACCUGCGGGCUCGUGUCAAAGCAGUUGGAGCGUUUGACACUGACGCAACUGGUUCGGUUCUUGCGCGUGUGUCACGACAAAUAUCAACGGAGCGUCAUCGAACCUGGGACCGCUGUUGGAGCGCUUGCGGCACAGAGUAUUGGUGAACCGGGAACUCAAAUGACGCUGAAAACUUUCCACUUCGCGGGUGUGGCCUCCAUGAACAUUACACAGGGUGUUCCCCGUGUUAAAGAAAUCAUUAACGCCUCUAAAAACAUUUCUACACCCAUUAUCACAGCCGAGCUGACCGAAUCCUACGACCAGGAGUUCGCUAGGAGAGUCAAAGGAAGAGUGGAGAAGACUACGUUGGGAGAGAUCACCCAUUCAAUUGAAGAAGUGUAUCUUCCGUCAUCGUGUUUCCUCUUAAUCAGACUUGAUGCGGAACGUAUCCGCCUUCUAUGUUUGGAAGUCAACGUGCACUCUAUCAUUUAUUCUAUCUGCACGUCAAAGUUGAAAAUAAAGCAGGCUAAUAUCGAGCCGGUGUCAGAAUGGGCCAUAAAAGUUUUCGCCGAACCGACCAAACACUGCGGGUGGUUGAAUAUGGCGUUACAGCAACUGGCGAGGCAACUGCCCGCGGUCAUUGUUAAGGGAUUGCCCCGAGUUAGUCGAGCGGUUAUUGCCUGUGACGACACUGCGAGUAAGGCGAGAUAUAAACUAUGCGUGGAAGGAGACGGCUUGCGGGACGUAAUCGCCACGUAUGGCGUUGAUGGGAGGAAGACGUCGUCUAAUAAUAUUCUGGAGGUAUUUCAAACCCUGGGGAUCGAAGCCGCAGUAUCCACCAUCAUCAGCGAAAUUCAGGGUGUGAUGGCAGGUCACGGGAUGUCCGUAGACAGACGGCACGUGGCCCUUCUCGCGGCUCAGAUGUGCGCAAGGGGAGAAGUCCUAGGGAUCACCAGAUACGGUCUCGCCAAGAUGAAGGACUCCGUGCUCAAUUUGGCCAGUUUCGAGAAAACAGCAGACCACCUCUUCGACGCAGCAUACUACGGUCAGAGGGACAGCAUCGAGGGUGUCUCCGAAUGCAUCAUUCUCGGUGUUCCCGCUGCUAUCGGAACCGGUUUGCUGCAAUUGCUGCACAAACACGAGCAGCAACAGACGCGGACCAAGGAGUUGCUGUUUGAUUCUCCAGAUUUGCAUUCUUCCAUAUGGGAAUAGAUUCUGGUGUUAUUUUCACUACGACGAAGAUGUUACGUUAAGAUUAAAUGUUUUUAAAUUA